AUGCCCAUGGAGUCCGGGGACUAUCUCGUCCAAGUUUCGGGAGGGUUGGUGGUGUAUUGCGACCCUCCUACCUACCCCUCUGCAGAAGAAAUCGGCGAGUUGGUCCAGGACGGAUUCCGGGUAUUGGUUGGAGUCCACCCUAAGAUCAUAGCGGCGCCACAGGAAAUUGAGCACCUCACACGGCUCUUGACCCUACCUGCUGAAUUAGGGGAGAUCGGGAUCGACCACAUAGUUGACCAGCACGACCAGUGGCAUUACCAGGAACGGCAGCUCAAGGCUUUGCUGACGUUAUUGGACCAAGGCAAAGCGCUGGUGCUCCACAUACGGGGAACCCGGACCGACUCUACAGGCCUAGAGGUCUACAUGAGAUGCUUGGAUCUUCUGGAACAUCGAGUGUGCAGUGACCAGAAGAUUCAGGUUCACUGCUUCACGGGUCCAGGGAGUGUAGUCCGAGACUAA